AUGUGGCGUCGAUCCCCGCUGCUUCGCCGCUUGACGCCGGCGCCGCGCCAUGCCAAGGCCACGCGCCGCUUCCAGACUAACCCGGCGGUGAAGGACGCGGCGCCUGCUGCGGACGGCGCUGCAGUCCAGCCCGUGCCUGUCGAUCAAGGCGGCUUCUUCAGCCGCCACCCCGAGUACGUCUUUGGCGCCGUCAUCCUUGCGAUCGGCGGGUACAUUUACCGCGGCAGCAAGAACCGUAAGUUCUUUGAAGCGAUUCAAAACGAGAUUGCCGACGCAACGCCGAUCUCGCCCUACGAAGCGUUCGAGCUGCGGUCCCAGAACGACAUCACGCCGGACGUCUUCCAGAAGGUCCAUGCGCAGGCCAAGGCGUUCUUCCCGACCAACGAGGCGUCGGUGCGGGACUUUGACUUGUGCCUUGGCAGCGUCCUCAACGGCAUGCAGCUCAAGAACCUCCACCACCUCGAACGUGUUCUUAUGAGCCUUCCGAAGAAUGCCAACGGCAAGUGCAACCUCGAUACGCUCAUGGUCGCCUUCUCGCUCGCGGUCAAAGGCGACGUCAACGAACGUCUCGAGUGCCUCUUCCAGCUCCAAGCCGCCGCCAAGGAUGCGACCUUGUCGCUCGAGCAAAUCGAAGCCAUCCUCGAGCACAUUUUGACCACGUACCAAGUGCCGGCCGAGAAGCGCGUCGUUGCCGUCGACGACAAGGCGUACCCGUUCCAAGAGUACACGGUCGGGUCGGCCCACGAGCUGCUGCAGGCCGCCGUGCAAGCGGCAAUCAAGGACAAGUCGCUGCCCGAAGUCGCGCCGACGCAGUAUACGCUCGACGACUUCAGUCUCCUGCUCAAGUCCAAGAGCAUUUGCAUCUGGGGCGAGUGCUUCUCGAGCAAGCGCCGCAUGAAGACGAAUUAG